ACGGCCCUGUGUUGAAAUUCCGAGAAUUGAGCCGCUCUGUUUCUUAGAACUGGAUUCUCAGAACUGGAUUCUCAGAACUAGUGAUGCACAGAGUUUCGAGGAAACUUUUACAAGGUUAUGACAGCAUGGCCACGACUGCAGACGACUGCAUUCAGUUCACACGCCAUGCAGGCGACGUCCUGCUCAACUUCAACCGCCUGCGCAGCAGGAACAUCCUCACCGAUGUGUCCAUACAGGUGGACGGACAGCUUUUCCGAGCUCACAAGGCCAUCCUGGUGGCUUGCAGUGGCUUCUUUUAUUCCGUGUUCAUGGAUCCUGAGAAUGCAAACCUCAGUGCCAUCAGCUUAGACCCCAAAGUAGACCCCAAGGCUUUCUCCAUCCUUCUAGAUUUCAUGUACACAUCCUGUCUGAACCUUAACGACACUGUGGUCGUGACCACCCUGAAUACAGCCAUCUACCUCCAGAUGGAACACGUGGCCAACACUUGCCACAGAUUCAUUAAGUCCAGGAGCGUGCAGAGUGAAGAGAUACAGAGGAACUCAUUACAUCUGGCUGAAGAAAUCUCUGCUUUAAGGCCCGACUAUGUAAACAACUGUACACCAAACAUGCCCCUUCCUCACGAGUCCAGAGGCUACAUGCCCAGUGUUUUCAGGGGGAUCAACACGUCUGGCUCCUAUCACGUCUAUGGUGACGUCUGUAUUGCUGCUGAGAAAUUAGAAGGUUCUCCGAACAUUAGAUGCUCACUAGUACCCACCACCAACAUGGCUCACAAUGAGUCCAAUGCCAUUAUAUCCCACUCACUCCCAUCCCAUGUCGGUUACCUCCCCAGUAUCAUCCGCCCGGCAGUAGCUCACAGCAGCUUUCAAGGACCUGUUCCUCCAAUGGAGGAAGACAGCAUUCAGCACCCACAAACCAACUGUGUAAGAACGUCCCCAGGCUUUAGCAAAGGUGUCAUUUGCAGCCCCCAGAGCCCCCUUAGAUCUGACUGCCAGCCAAACUCACCCACUGAGUCGAGCAGCAGCAGAAAUGCAAGCAUGAGCCUCAAGUGGCAAUCAGACUGCCCCAAAGAUAUGAAGGCCCGCAACUGGAAGAAGUACAAGUUCAUCGUUAUGAACCAGACUUCGGAUGGGAAUGAAAAGGAGGCUCAAGGAAACAACGCUAAUGCUACCGGCGCCAUGCCCCCUACACCAAGCCCUGGCAAGAGCAGUGAGGCAGGAGGACACAGCGAUGUCCAGGCAGAAGAAGGAGCUGGUGACCAUCAAGAAGAAAGUCCCAGGUCUCAGAGUGUGGACAGCACAAGCUGCAGCAGUGUCAGCAACAACAGAUGCUCCACAUGUGGCUGCGACAGCCCUCAGUGUAUGGAAGCAGGCCACCUGUCUCCUGACUCAUACAGCAAAGAUGACUCCACCAAGCUACACUCGGAUUAUUCCACCUCCAGCUGUGAAAACAACAGUUACAUCUGCAACGGGUGCGACUCAAAGUUCUCAGACGAAGAUUCUCUCAAAGAGCACAUGGCCCAGGUCCACAGUGACAAGCCAUACAAGUGUGACUGCUGCCAGGCUGCCUUCCGCUACAAGGGCAACCUGGCCAGCCAUAAGACUGUUCACACAGGUGCAAAGCCAUACCACUGCAACAUCUGCGGAGCUCAGUUUAACCGGCCAGCCAAUCUCAAGACUCAUACUCGUAUCCACUCUGGAGAAAAGCCAUACAAGUGCGAAACGUGUGGGUCCCGAUUCGUCCAGGUGGCCCACCUUCGUGCACAUGUGUUAAUUCACACGGGGGAGAAACCGUACCCUUGUGAGAUCUGCGGAACGCACUUUCGUCACCUUCAGACACUCAAGAGCCACAUGCGCAUUCAUACUGGAGAGAAGCCUUAUCAUUGUGAAAAAUGUGACCUCCACUUCAGACACAAGAGUCAGCUGAGGCUUCACCUGCGACAGAAGCACGGGGCCGUCACUAACACCAAGGCUCAGUAUCGCGGGUCUCCCGGCAACAUCCUUACAGGCCUGGCGAACUCCUGCUGAGCGUGCUGCAGACCUUCAUCUCCCCCCCCCAAAAAAACCCCCCAACUUUUUUCUUUCACCAGCCGGUAUGCCGUCAAAAAUUCUAUUUUUUUUCUAAACACAACCAGGAAUUUGUGUUGCCCUUUACGUAUUUGUACGUGAUGCACAUACUUUAUGUAAGUUCUUUGUGAAUGUUUAACGACAGAAUGUACUUUUUUUUUUUAAUGUGAAUUUAAAAUUUCUUUUUUGGCAAAUCACUCAACACAGUGUCUGAAUUGAAGGACAGCCCUCCUUUUUGUACGCAUUGAGAAUCACUGUUACACUUGUGCUUCAGCUGUAGAUAUGACUUCGCCCAUUAAUGUGGUCUUUUGCAGUCUUACGCUGUUAUUUGUUUGUUUGCCAAGGCUUGCCUGUAAAUAAGAUAAUAUAUAUAUUUUAAGAUUGCCAUCUGCUGGCAGAGUACGAAUAUAUUUACAUUUUUCUUAAUGCAGUAAGCUUUACUGACUGUCAGUAACACCAGGAAUUGUUGUUUUGUUGUGUCAUAGGUUGUGGUACUUAUUGCAAUAAGCAUAGCUCGUCAGUCAUUUAAGCAAAUGUUUUUAUUGUAUUGUACAGUUUUCCCUUUUCAUUUCUGGUUUAAUGUUGUUGUUUUGCACAUGCACAUGAUGCUGUAAUUCAUAUAUUUUCUUACUUUUAUUCACGUAUUUCUACUUAACAUGUCAAAAAAGCUUGUUAAAAUCAGUUCUCAGCACUUGCAUUCUUAUUUAUAUAUAUAUUUUUUAUUUUUCUUGGCUGAAUUCUUUUGCAUUUGGUGCUGCAUUGAUCCGUUUUUCUCAGCAGGAUCAUUAAACUUUGAUAAUCUUUUUA